CGGCAAAUUUGCACGCAACAACAAGUCGAGGUCUACUGAGCGCUUCAACUCAAGCAUAAGCGUACAUAAGCGUGGAAGUAACGCAGUUUGUUUAGAAUAAUGUCGACUGGUGGCACUGGCAGUGGUGUCAGCAAUGAUCAUAAUCACGUUUCUGCUCAUGACAGUGCGGUGUUGAACAGAAUUUUCAAUCCAAAUUUACCAUACGGUGAUGUUGUUGACGAGGAAGUAAUAGAAAAUGAUAUCGAGGAAGAAACUGAUGACAUUAAGGUUUCAAAGCAGUUGGAAAUUGAGGGGGUUCAAGCAGCAGAGAGUGGUGAAAUAGAGUCAGCACUAAAUUUGUUUUCAAGAGCCAUUCAAAACACCCCACAAAGGGCAUCUGGUUAUAAUAAUCGUGCACAAGCUCUCCGAUUAAAAGGAGAUAUCCAAGGUGCUUUAGAUGAUUUAAACAAAGCUAUAAGUCUCAGCAGAGGGACUGGUUCAGCAGCAUGCCAGGCCUACACACAGCGAGGCCUUAUCUACAAGCUGGAGGGGAAAACGGCCGGGACCGGCAGUCGACUUCAACUGAAGCGGGGUAUUCGAGAUGAACCAUAUUCGAGAUACAGGUGAGGAUGACAAGUCAUUAAAAGACUUCAAAGAUGCAGCCAGAUUGGGUGGUCAGUUUGCUAAACAACAAGUGAUUGCCAUGAAUCCGUAUGCCGCUAUGUGUAAUCAGAUGUUGUGUGAAGUUAUGCAGAAAGUUCGAAAUGGAGAGGAUUAACACAGACAUACACACGGAAUUGAGAUUUUUUAACAUUUAAGUUGACAUCAUGAUGUCUUGUUAAAUAUUCUUGUUGAUUUUAAGAAACUCAUUUUAGCUCACUUGAGUCUGAAAUCUCAGUUGAACUUCCCCAAUAAAGUUUGUUCAGUA